UGUGCCCCUCCUAUCGUUACGGCCACAAGUGUCUCAAGUCUUGCGGCCAUUGCUAUGACGACAAGCCGUGCAACAUCGUCACAGGGGUGUGUACUGAUGGGUGCAUUGCAGGAUUCAAGGGAGAGAAGUGCAACUCUGAGUGCGGACCCGGGUUCUAUGGCAUGGACUGCGCUGACACCUGUGGUCACUGCGUCGGAAACAGCACCUGCCAUCACGUGACCGGGGAGUGCCUCGAGGGAUGCGAACCCGGGUGGUCUGGUCCUUUCUGUGACAACAACUCUACUGUCCUUCCAGGGUGUCACACAGGCGUGUACGGGGAGAACUGUCAACACACUUGUGGGCGGUGCUUAAAGGGGGCGUGUGAUCAUGUGACAGGCGUCUGCAAAGGUGGAUGUGCUCGUGGUUUUCGCGGAGACGUGUGCAAAGAAGAUUGCACGGCAGGCACGUACGGAGAAGACUGCAAGUUCCUGUGUGCUCACUGCAAGGACGGAGACGGGUGUGACAGUGUGACAGGCGCGUGCAGUGAGGGGUGUGAGGAGGGCUGGUCUGGGGAGAAAUGUGAUCAAGGUAUUCCAAAGGCUGCCCCAAAUUUCCAUUCCACGCCAACUUUCCCUCUUCUCAUCAUCGCUCUCAUCGUUGCGGUCGUCAUGAUUUCUGCGUUUUUCAUCUACUUUGUCGUCGUCCGUCCCCGCAAGCACGCUCUUAGAAGACUCUACAACGCUACGAGCACGGAACACCUCACCAACACCUACGAGCAAAUUGUUGGAAGCCCAUGGGAGCUACAGAGGGGUCAACUCAACCUUGGCAACGAGUUGUUGGGCAACGGGCAGUUUGGUCAGGUCAAGAAAGGUCAGGUCAAGAUAAGCGGUAACAAGAUCCCAGUGGCCAUCAAAUCACUGAAAGACAACGCUUCCGAGAAAGACAAGCGAGACUUCCUGAACGAGCUUUCCAUUUUCAAACGUGUUGGAAAACAUCCUAAUGUUGUGUGUCUGGUCGGUGCAUGUCAUAUCAGAGGAGUGAUGUACGUAGCCAUGGAGUACGCCAAGCACGGAGACCUCAGGACGUUCCUACGUCAGAGCCGGCGUCUGACGUCACUGCACGAGUACGAUAACACGACGUCACCGUUCUUGCAUACGGCUCUUAGACCUCAGGCCCUGAUCAAACUGUCCUUGGACACUGCAAGGGGUCUUAAACAUCUAGCUGACAAACAAAUCAUUCACCGUGACGUCGCUGCAAGGAAUGUCCUCUUGGCUGAUAAACUUGUGGCGAAGAUCGCAGAUUUCGGACUGUCCAAAAACGACCAGACUUAUGUCAAGACUUCAAGUACUCGUGUUCCCAUCAGGUGGAUGGCCGUGGAGUCGCUGUUCAACAACACAUAUACCUUGCAGAGUGAUGUCUGGGCCUUCGGGGUGUUGCUGUGGGAAAUCUUCACUCUAGGAGGCACACCAUACUCCUUUAUAGACAGCCAACAGUUGUUUACCUACCUCAAGGAUGGAUCCAGACUAAGAAAACCACGGCUCUGUGAUCAGGACAUGUCUACAUGAAUCUCAACGUGCAAGAAGAAUCUAUGUACGCUGAGAUAGACCACGAGAGGGAGAACUGACUGAAAGCUGGGAACUGACGAUGUGAUGGGCUCAGCAGGAAACUAGACCCUUGGUCAUGUACAAAUGUCACGCUUCUAGUCACUGCCAAAGGGCGUCUGUGGAUUAGCAGUCAGGCAGACGACGCAAGUUCGAUUCUCAUGUGGAGAGGGGCUGUUGUUGUUGUUGUUUUUUUUCUUACUCUGUCUGUAAGCUGGGACGUUGAUUCCUCUCUGCUCGGUUGGUGUUGACAUGCAGGGCGGAAGCAACCCACCCCCUAAAUGAUCUAAUUUGCGUGGACGAAGACGUAAAACAUGCAUAUUUGCAAUUACGUAAUUACCUAGUCACUGCCAACUUGAUAUGAAGUGUCAUAAUCAAUGAGGGAAUGUUGUGUCUCUCUAGAUACGAUGAUGGGGGAAAAUCUUGAUACCUCAAUCAAAUUUCAUCAUGACCUACUCUGGAUAUGAAUUGGAGGGGACUUCAAAAGCACAGUUAUUAGUUUGAAGGAACAAAGCAAACGAAAUGUGACUAGAACAUUGCAUGACCAUUUAUAUUAUUAAAAAGCUCUUGUUUAUUUGUAAAACUUGUUUGUUAUCAAUAACGUUUAGUUUAGAUAGUGAAGAGUGUCAUUAUUGUCUUGAUGAUCAGGUGUCCUCCCCUGCCUUUCCUUGACUUGCGAUAAGAAAGGAAACGUUCCUCCUUUCCAACAGGGAGAUCGACUGUGAAUGGGUGUGAUGCCACUUUUAACAGUGUAAUGUUGUUUAAUUAAGAGUUCUAAAUAAUUUCCGACAGGACCAAGACAAGCGGAUGAGAAGCCUUGAAAAAACUACUCAGACAAUCUAAAACUGAGAACACCCCAUUGGGGGUUCGAAUCGGGCCAUCCACGCCAUAACCCUGUGCGAUAUUGACUAUCAUUGGGCCACAGCAUAUCAUAAUGUUGAUUCUUUUGCAGUUGCUCAUAUUGUUCAUAACACAUACAAGUGUAUAUGUAUAACUACACACACACACACACA